UAAACAUUUAAACGUACCGUACUAUAAUUGCAGCUCGCAUCGUUGAUGAAUACGCAUUUUAUCCUUUUAAUUGACUCGUGAUAAUCAAGUAAUUAAGUCAAAAGUUAUACAGGUUCAAUUAGAGAUAACCAAGUCGUAACUUGAAGGUCCUCACACAUACCAUCGAGUAAGGCGGACGAAAACGCGCUAUUUGGAGAUAGCUGCGCCAUUAAUUUCAGCUUGCAUAAAAACCAUUACUUACCACUUUCUUAAGAGUCAAAAUGUCUCACUUAAAGUAUAUGAAAGAAUUGAACAGUUGUACGAGGAUGGAUGACGCGAUAAAAGGUCCUGUGCCUCGAUGGCAGAAAAAAUGUAUGGAUUCAUCAAAUUCUUCAAGUGCAAAUCUGAGCUUGAACAAUUCACGCAAGGCGAUGAACACGUCAUCGAUGAGCAACUGUAAUUCGAGUUCUGCCAAAACCCCAAAGAAAGGUUUGGAAAACCGCAAUUCCAAAAAAACUCCGUCAAAGGGAAACAAAAAGUCGCCUAGCCGUUCAACAACUCCAAAGACUCCAUGUGGAGGUGAUAGAUUUAUUCCAGCUAGGUCGACAACCAAUUUUGAACUGGGUCACUUUAAAAUGCAGCAACAGAACAACUCAGAACAAGAUGGCAAUAAAAUGGAGAGUAUAAGUCCUUCAAAACGUGAAAUGCAGCGUUUGAUUGGAGAAAACUUGCAUGGUGGAGAUUUGAGUAACAUGAGAGUCCUGUCUUAUCAGAACAAAGCACCAGCACCACCAGAAGGAUACCUAAAUCCUUUGAGGGUAGUCUACAGCCAGUCUAAAACCCCAGCUAGUGUUAAAACUUCAUCUAGGUAUAUUCCACAAGCACCAGAUAGAAUAUUGGACGCGCCCGAAAUUGUUGAUGAUUAUUAUUUAAAUUUGAUAGAUUGGUCACAGGGUAAUAUUUUAGCUGUAGCCUUAGGAGCAAAUGUGUAUUUAUGGAAUGCAGCAACUGGAUCAAUAGAACAACUUUUUGAAUUGGAAGGCAACGAUUACAUUUGUUCAGUCUCGUGGAUUCAAGAAGGACCUUACUUAGCUGUAGGUACAACUGUGGGUAAUACGGAAUUAUGGGAUUGUAGUCAAAUGAAGAGAGUUCGCGUGAUGAAUGGACAUGCUGCGAGAGUUGGGUCUCUUUCUUGGAAUUCUCAUAUUGUAUCAAGUGGAUGCAGAGCAGGCCAAAUUGUACAUCAUGAUGUAAGACAACGUGAUCAUAUUGUUUCUACACUGGAUGCUCAUUCUCAAGAAGUUUGUGGAUUAAAGUGGUCAUUAGACGGAAAAUAUUUAGCUAGUGGUGGAAAUGACAAUAUGCUGCAAAUUUGGCCUUCAAUGGCUGGUCAAAAUCAUUCUCACUCGCAACCAAUUUACUCGUUAAAUCGUCAUCAAGCUGCUGUGAAAGCUCUUGCAUGGUGUCCAUGGCAAAAUCACGUUUUGGCCAGUGGAGGUGGUACAGCUGAUAGAACUAUUAGGUUUUGGAAUUGUAAUACGGGUGCCUGCUUAAAUACAAUUGAUACUAAAUCACAAGUCUGCUCCCUUUUGUGGUCCACCACUUACAAAGAAAUAGUAUCAGGACAUGGAUAUGCGCAAAAUCAGCUGAUAAUCUGGAAAUAUCCUUCAAUGAACAAAGUGGCAGAAUUGACGGGACACACAAGUCGUGUAUUACAUCUAGCUAUGUCACCUGAUGGAACCACAGUACUCAGUGCAGGAGCAGAUGAAACUUUGAGACUGUGGAAAUGCUUUCAGUCGGAUCCCAGCAAGAAAAAAGAGCCUGCCGAGACAAAAUCUGUUACUUCGCGAUUGAAGCAGUCUAUCAGAUAAAAUGAACUGUUGGUAGGAAAAUUUCGAUUAAAUUUGUUUUUAUAUAGGAAAUCUACACUCGUUAAGCUGUAACUGCUUCCACGUAGGAAUGAAGACUUGUGAUGAUUUAUAGUUUGAAAAGUGACGCUUAAUUGAUUUUAGUAUCAAGUUUAUACGGAAACUGAAUGCUUUUGUAUUUUUAUAAACAUGUUUUUUAUUAAACUUAAAAUACAUAUUUCAUAACAAAA